AUGAGCAGGCUAAAAUUGCAUACAAUGUUCACGGGCUACGAUCGCGAGGUAGCCAUGGGGGUUAUUAACGAGUCCGGAUACCCCUGGAAGGUUUUGAGCGUCUACAAUUACGAGGGUGCACGGGACAACUACAAAAGGCUUCCUUCCCAGGUGAACAACAACAAAACCCUGCUUUAUAGAGCAAGUAAACCGCAUGAACCGGCAGACAUCGACAUGGGCGCUUGCGGAGUAAUUGCAAUCUAUAUACAAGGUCUCGAUAAGACCCUGGCAGUUGCCUACAGUGCAGCUUAUUAUGAUCGAAAUCUACAUGGUGGAAAAUCAAGAUCUACCCAAAGUAAUUGCAGCCCGCCAAUGCUAUCUGAAACGCCCAACUGGUGGAACAUCAAGAUUUACCCAGGAAAAUGGCUGCCAGACUAUUCUACGUACAAAGAAUUGUACUUUUUGGAGCGCCCAUUUGAAGGAGAUUCCAAAUGGCAUAAUCGGUCAUUGGACUCUGGCCUGAAAAUCAAAGGUGCGAUGUCCAAUGACGGCCAAGCAACCCUGGAAAUGCAUGUCAGUAGAGUCCAAUAGAUUAACAGGAGACUCGUUCCCAGUCG